GGGCCGGGUGCCGGCGGCGCGGCCUGACCGCUCCUCUGCUCUGCAGGAUGCGGUCUCCCGGUGCGGGCGCGGCCUCGGUGGCCUCGCUGGCGCUGCUGUGGCUGCUGGGACUGCCGUGGACAUGGAGCGCGGCGGCGGCGCUCGGCGUGUACGUGGGCGGCGGCGGCUGGCGCUACCUGCGCAUCGUCUGCAAGACCGCGAAGCGAGACCUCUUUGGUCUCUCCGUGCUGAUCCGUGUGCGCCGGGAGCUGAGGCACCACCAGCGUUCUGGCCACACCAUCCCACACAUAUUCCAGGAGAUGGCACGAGGGCAGCCCGAGCACCUAGCCCUGGUGGAUGCGGGCAGUGGCGUGUGCUGGACCUUCGGGCAGCUGGACGCCUAUUCCAAUGCCGUGGCUCACCUAUUCCUGCGCCUGGGCUUUGUGCCAGGGGACGUGGUGGCCCUGUUCCUGGAGGGCCGGCCCGAGUUCGUGGGGCUGUGGCUGGGCCUGGCCAAGGCUGGCAUAGAGGCCGCACUGCUCAACAUCAACCUGCGGCGUGAGCCCCUGGCCUUCUGCCUGGGCACCUCAGGCGCCAAGGCCCUGGUCUUUGGAGGGGAGCUGGCAGCUGCGGUGGUUGAGGUGAGCGGGCAGCUGGGGAAGAGCCUGCAAAAGUUCUGUUCCGGGGACCUGGGGCCCGAGGGCGUGCUGCCCGCCGACACCCACCUCCUCGACCCACUGCUGCAGGAGGCCUCCACCGCCCCCCUCGAGCGGCUCCCGGGCAAGAGCAUGGAUGACCGGCUCUUCUACAUCUACACUUCGGGGACCACGGGGCUGCCCAAGGCUGCCAUCGUCGUGCAUAGCAGGUACUACCGCAUUGCAGCCUUUGGCCAUCACGCUUACCGCAUGCAGGCCCAGGAUGUGUUGUAUGACUGUCUGCCCCUGUACCACUCAGCAGGGAACAUCAUGGGCAUCGGGCAGUGUCUCAUCUAUGGGCUUACUGUGGUCAUCCGCAAGAAGUUCUCGGCCAGCCGCUUCUGGGACGACUGCGUCAAGUACAACUGCACGGUGGUCCAGUACAUUGGGGAGAUUUGUCGCUACCUGCUGAAGCAGCCGGUGCGGGAGGCCGAGGGGCGGCAUCGCGUGCGGCUGGCUGUGGGCAACGGGCUGCGGCCUGCCAUCUGGGAGGAGUUCACGCAGCGCUUCGGUGUGCGACAGAUCGGCGAGUUCUACGGGGCCACCGAGUGCAACUGCAGCAUCGCCAACAUGGAUGGCAAGGUCGGUUCCUGUGGCUUCAACAGUCGCAUCUUGCCCAAUGUGUACCCCAUUCGGCUGGUGAAGGUCAACGAGGACACGAUGGAGCUGCUGCGUGAUGCCCAGGGUCUCUGUAUCCCGUGCCAGACUGGCGAGCCCGGCCUCCUUGUGGGCCAGAUCAAUCAGCACGACCCUCUGCGCCGAUUCGACGGCUACGUGAAUGAGAGCGCCACCAACAAGAAGAUUGCCCACAGCGUCUUCCGCAAGGGCGACAGCGCCUACCUCUCAGGUGACGUGCUGGUGAUGGACGAGCUGGGCUACAUGUAUUUCCGGGACCGCAGCGGAGACACCUUCCGCUGGCGAGGGGAGAAUGUGUCCACCACUGAGGUGGAAGGCGUGCUGAGCCGCCUGUUAGGCCAGACGGACGUGGCCGUGUAUGGGGUGGCCGUGCCAGGAGUUGAGGGCAAAGCCGGCAUGGCCGCCAUCGCCGACCCCCAGGGCCAGCUGAGCCCCAACGCCCUGUACCAGGAGCUGCAGAAGGUGCUGGCGCCCUACGCCCGUCCCAUCUUCCUGCGCCUCCUGCCCCAGGUGGACACCACAGGCACCUUCAAGAUCCAGAAGACACGACUUCAGCGAGAGGGCUUUGAUCCUCGCCAGACCUCGGACCGGCUCUUCUUCCUGGACCUGAAGCAAGGCCACUACCUGCCCCUGGACGAGGGCAUCUACGGCCGCAUCUGCUCAGGCGCCUUCGCACUCUGACCCUG